AGUUUGUUUAAAUUGACUUUAAUUAAAUUAAAGUUGUAAUUUAUUAUUUUUUAUUUAUUUUUAAUAUUCAUUGCCAUUUCAUUACAUUGUGUUUAUUAAAGUUUUAACGAUAAAAAACAAACAAACAAACCAACAAAAGAUACUUACAAAUCUUGAUUAAUUACAUAUCAUAUCUAUUAUAAAAAUUAAGGAAAUCAUUAUCGUUGAAGAAACUAGAAAUAAUCUAUUACUUCAUUUUCAAUGAAUAUGCUGAUCAAUUUGACGUCUUCUUCCUCUUCUCCUUCUUCUUCUUCUUCUUCUAAUGAUUAUAUUAAUGAUGUCAAAUUAAAUGAUAAUGGUGAAGUGAUCUUAAAACGUCGUGAAUAUUCAAAUACUAAAUGUUUAUAUUAUUUAUUUACUGAAUUCAUUCAAAAUACAACUGUUUAUCUAUAUGUCAUGACAUUUUUAUUUUCUGGUUUAUUUUGUUUAUCUAUAUUAUUCAUUAUAAGUUAUAUAAUAAUUAUUAAUUUAAUCAUUAUUCUAUUAAAUACUUUCAAUAUAUAUAUCAUCAAUAAUUAUAAAUUAUCAAUAAUCAAUAUAAAUUCAAUAAAUGAAUUUCAAUAUUCAAUUAUUAUUAUUUUAUUUAUUCUAUAUAUAAUUUAUUGGUUAUGGGAUUGGAAUUCAGAAAAUCAUGGUGGACAUCCAAAACAAUUUAUACGUUAUUUAAAAAUAUGGGAAUAUUUAGCCGAUUAUUUUCCAAUACAUUUAGUAAUUAGUAAAGAAUUUAUUAAAUUUAAUAAAAUUCAUAAUCAUCAUCAUAUUAAACAUCAUUCUUAUUUUAUCAAUUCUAUUAUGAAUAAUGAAGAUUAUAAAAAUGAUGAUGAUUUUGAUAAUGAAUUAAUGAAAGAAAAUUUAUCUAUGAAUGUUAAUUAUUUGGUUGGAUUUCAUCCACAUGGAAUACUUGCUACAGGAGCAUUUAUUAAUUUUGCUACAGAAGCUACUGGUUUUUCAAAAGUAUUUCCUAGAUUUAAGCCAUAUUUAGCUAUAUUAAAAGCUCAUUUUAUAGCACCAUUUUAUCGAGAUUUUCUAAUGUUAUUCGGAAUGAUUGCUGCUACUAAAAAAGGAUUAUAUUACCUUUUGGAUAAGAAUAGUUGCAAACAGACAGGGAAUUUCGUCGUUGUCGUUCUUGGUGGGGCUUCCGAAGCCUUAGAUUCAAGACCUGGAACAUAUGUGAUGCACAUUAAUCAACGUUUUGGUUUUUUCAAGUUGGCCUUACAAACUGGAUCAUAUUUGGUACCGUGUAUAUCAUUUGGUGAACAAAGCUUAUAUCAUCAAGUUCCAAAUGAAAAAGGAUCAUGGAUACGAUGGCUACAGGAUAAAUUUACGUCGAUUUCUACCGUUGCACUGCCUAUUUUCUAUGCUCGUGGUCCCUUUCCGUAUCGUAAACCAGUUUAUACUGUAGUUGGUGCUCCAAUUCAAUGCGAAAAAAUAAAUGAACCCACAGACGAACAGGUCGCACAUAUUAAACAAAUUUAUAUAGAAAAGCUCCAAACACUAUUUGAAGAUUACAAGGUAAUUUAUGAUCCAGAAGCUAAUGAUAUUGAAUUUGUAUAA